AGAUUCUGAUCAGAGACUACAGCAGCUCAUUAUUUUUUUUUAUUUAUUACUGGUUCCAUAUUUUUCUCUUUUAACAAUUCAUAUACCUCCGCAGUUAGCUGAUUCACAGUCUGUUACAGAAUAUGGCAGUAAAUGAUACCAGCAGAACAUUAUGGAUGGGUGACUUGGAGCCGUACAUGGAUGAAUUUUUCAUUUUACAAGCCUUUGAAAAUAUGGGAGAACCCGCCAUGCAAGUUAAAAUGAUCAACAACAAAUACACCGGGACUGGGGAAGAUGAUGAUUUUCAAAAGAUUUAUGGGCAAGAGAGAGAAAUAAGUCGAGAAGUUGGUCAGAUGUACCCAGAAUUAAGGCUACCAGCUGGGUACUGUUUUGUAGACUUUACUGACGGUGAUACAGCACAAAGAGCACAAUUACGUCUCAAUGGAAAAAUUAUACCCAACAGUCAACCACCUCACAGAUUCAAACUGAACUCAAACCAGAUAAGAGACUGUCCAAAAAAAGAGUUUUCAUUAUUUGUUGGUGAACUGUCAGAAGAAGUAGAUGAUUACGCAUUGUUUAGAGCUUUUGUUAAAAAAUAUCCAUCCUGCCAUACUGCCAAAGUUGUAUUAGAUUCUAGAGGAAUGUCAAAAGGCUAUGGUUUUGUACGUUUCUCUGAAGAGACGGAACAACAGAAAGCGCUUAUAGAAAUGCAGCACACAAUCGGCCUUGGUCGUAAACCCAUGAGAGUCAGUCUUGCUACACCUAAAAAAACAAACUACAAUGAGUCAGGAGGUGGCGCUGCAGUAAACAACAUGGCUGCCAGUUAUCAAAAUAAAGCGUACCAGGAAUAUUGUCAACAGUAUUACCAACAAUAUUAUAAUCAGUACUACGCCGCAAGCCAGCAAGUUGCACAGGCACCAGUAAAUCCAGCACAAUCUUACUACAAUAUGAACGAUGAUCAGAAUGCUUUAGAAGAACCAGAACUGGAGAUAGACGUAGAUAAAUAUAACAGAGAAUACAUGGCACAAAGUGAGGAAAUAUUUGAUGUGCUGGAGGAUUCUAGAUGGCACCCUAUGGAUCAGUGGAACUCAACUGUCCCGGCGACAGCGAGGUGAAACUUUAUACAAACUGGUGUUGGUUAUCUAGGCUACAGGCAUGGUUCUUUCCGAUGUGGGGCAAGGCUUAAAUCUCAACUUAUGUGCUAUAUUGAAUGUCAUGGGAACAGAUUGUUAUUGUUUUUCUAUAAAAAAAUAUCAGAAUGUUCUGGAAUGGAGUUGAGUUUUAUCAUUUUCCAUGACGGCAUGAAAAGAAUGUUUCUCUUUCCCACCUGAUGUCACCUUAAAUGGAAUGUUUUGAUGGGGUAAUAUAUUACUGUAUUUUCUGAUGCUCGUAAUGAAAAAGAAUUUUGUCAUUUAUUAAUUGUUUCUAGUGGAUUUUAAUCAGUUCUAAAAGAGUGGUGAAACUGUUUCAGUUGUUGCCCUCAGUUGUUGCCCUCUAGGACUUAUUGUUUCAUGUGCAGCAGAGCUGGGUAAAACAACCACUUCCUACUUCUAUUAUCAAGCAUUUCAACAAUGGAAAAUUGUGUAAUUUGGUUAGGAGCAAUAUUAGGUUUAUCAACAACUGUUACACAAAGUAGCCACUAUUAGAACUAAACCUUGGAAAUGGAUCUUUUUAAGAAAAUAUUUUUCUGAGCGGUCAGAAUUGUUAUCUCUCAACAUCAUCUUACUGAUGCAUAGCUGCGUUAAAAUACCACUCACCGGAAGAAGCAUAGUGCUUUGUUACCCAAAUGUUAGUAAAAACAGCUGGAAAUUGAUAUCUUGAAUUGCUAAUAUCAAAAUUCCCACUAUCUCGUAGACUUUCAAGUCCCAUCAGUUAGUAAAUACAGCUGGAAAUCAACAUCUCGAAUUCUCUAAUCUCAAAAUUCUGGAAAGACUUCCAAGUCCCAUCAGUUAGUAAAUACAGCUGGAAAACGAUAUCUCGAAUUUCGUAAUCUCAAAAUUCUGGCUGUCGCAAAGACUUUCAAGUCCCAUCAGUAAGUAAAUACAGUUGGAAAACGAUAUCUCGAAUUCCCUAAUCUCAGAAUUCUGGCUGUAAAGACUACCAAGUCCCAUCAGUAAGUAAAUACAGUUGUAUGCGCAGUCUGGUCAGGUUCUAUGCUGUUCGCUUUUAAAGCCUAUUGAAAUUGGAGAAACUGUUAGCGAACAGCAUGGAUCCUGACCAGACUGCGCGCAGGCUGGUCUGGAAUCAUGCUAGUCGCAAACCCACUAUGUUGGUUUUCUCAUGGCACGGCUCAUAUCAUUUUUAGCUCAUCUGAUUUUUUGAAAAAAAAUGAUGAGUUAUUGUCAUCACUUGAGCGGUUGUCGGCGUCGGCGUCGGCGUCUGCGUCGGCGUUGCCUGGUUAAGUUUUAUGUUUAGGUCAGCUUUUCUCCUAAACUAUCAAAGCUAUUGCUUUGAAACUUGGAAUACUUGUUCACCAUCAUAAGCUGACCCUGUAUAGCAAGAAACGUAACUCCAUCUUGCUUUUUGCAAGAUUUAUGGCCCCUUUUGUACUUAGAAAAUAUCAGAUUUCUUGGUUAAGUUUUAUGUUUAGGUCAACUUUUCUCCUAAACUAUCAAAGCUAUUGCUUUGAAACUUGGAAUUCUUGUUCACCAUCAUAAGCAGACCCUGUACAUCAAGAAACAUAACUCCAUCUUGCUUUUUGCAAGAUUUAUUGCCCCUUUUGGACUUAGAAAAUCAGUUUUCUUGGUUAAGUUUUAUGUUUAGGUCAGCUUUUAUCCUAAACUAUCAAAGCUAUUGCUUUAAAACUUGCAACACUUGUUCACCAUCAUAAGUUGACCCUGUACAGCAAGAAACAUAACUCCAUCCUGCUUUUUGCAAGAUUUAUGGCCCCUUUUGGACUUAGAAAAUAUCAGAUUUCUUGGUUAAGUUUUAUGUUUAGGUCAACUUUUUCUCUUAAACUAUCAAAGCUAUUGCUUUGAAACUUGCAACACUUGUUGACCAUCAUAAGCUAACCCUGUACAGCAAGCAACAUAACUCCAUCCGGCUUUUUGCAAUAAUUAUUGCCCCUUUUGGACUUAGAAAAUCAUUUUCUUGGUUGAGUAUUAUGUUUAAGUCAACUUUUCUCAUAAACUAUCAAAGCUAUUGGUUUAAAACUUGCAACAGUUUUUCACCAUCAUAAGUGGACACUGAACAUCAAGAAACAUAACUCUAUCCUGCUUUUUGCAAGAAUGAUGGCCGUUUUUAGACUUAGAAAAUCAUGGGUAGGACAAUAUUUCUAUUACACAAAAAAAAUCAGAUGAGCGUCAGCACCCGCAAGGCGGUGCUCUUGUUAAUCUAAUUUCGAUUAUCCUGUAGUAAAAUACUCGAACAACUGAAAUUGAGCAGUCAGUCGUCACCCUAAUAUGUCUUGUGACUUAAUAAAAUCUAAGCAGACUGUCCUCAAAACAGUUGAAUGUAUAAAAUAGAUAGGCAGAUAUGCAUAAAGCAACACUUGGUAGUUGAAAUAAAUUAAAAGAAUUAGCAAUCAGUCGCAUAUGAUGUGAGCUCUUGAAUUCGUAAAUGUCGACUAAAGUUGAAAUGGGAACAUUGUGCUAUUUAAAGUUAUCAAAACCAAGAAAGAAAAUACCCAGAUUUUACAUCUCCAUUUACAUUUUACGCUCCAUGUAAACAUCCAAAAUAGCAUUACAUGAAAGUGUAUUGGAACUUAUAAUAGAAAUCUAAGUGUAUCGGAUAUUAUCAAUAUUCUGUGUAACGCUAUUAAAAAAUCUUCAGAAUUCUCAUUAAAAGCGAGUUCCUUUUUUCUCUCAGCAUUGUAUUUGAGUGCAAUAUUCAAAUGGAAACCAGCCUGCAUAUGAACUAGAAUUAUACAUUCAGUAAGUGAUACUCUGGUAUUGAUUCAAUGUUUUGCAACUAAUCGACCAAUUUCCCUAAAAUUUUGAACUUGCUGUGGCAGAUAAUGUAUAAUUUAAUUAGUUUAUGGUAUUUCAUAUUUUACAAUACAAAACAUCAAUGCAGUUAUGUCACUUUAAAUUUGCCAGACUGAUGCAACAAAAGAUUUAUCUUGAAGGGGGCUAUGUGUUUUGUUCAAAUGAUUGAUUUUUCAGCUAUAAGAUGUAUUUUGAAGGGGGCUUUGUGUUUUGUUCAAAUGAUUGAUGUUUCGGCGAUCCGCAGCUGUGUUAGAUAUUGUGAAAUUAUUUUAUUUCUUUGGCACAGACUUUCAUUUGUUUGACCAGAACUUGUUAUUCAUAGCGAUAGGAAUUCAGGGAUUUAAACUUACGAAUAUAAACUAUGUGGGAAUUUUUGUUGUACUUCAGGAUUUUAUUUCAUGGAGUGAUGCAGCCAUGAAAUCCACGAAAAGUGGUCCUCCAUGAAGGUUAACUUCACAAUAGAUUACAGAAAUAUGUGACCAAAGUUUAGUGAAGUUCAGAAACCCUCUAAUAACAUAAGAGUUAUCUUUUGGUUGACAGUAAAUUUUCUGAAGAUUUUAAACUAAGUUUGCUUGAGGACUUCUUUUGGUGAAAUAAUUAAAUCCCUUGUAGAUGAUUGUGAUUUUACAGUAUUUUGGACGGAGUGAUUUGCACGAGUUAUCCAGUUUUAUUUAAGCUACUGACGAUCAAUAGAUACUGCAGCUAAACUUCAAAAAAACGUCCUACAUUAUUUAGUGGAUUAAACUGUUUUAUCUAACUUUUAACUGUUAUUAGCAAGGCAUUUCUUAAUUAGUAACUGGUAUUGUACAUGUAUGUGUGCAUUUGUUUGAAGUAUAGAUUGAUAGUAAAAUAAUUAUUGUCAUUUGA